GGCUUUCAUUAUUUAACUAAAUUUGAAUUUAUCAGCAUUUUAUUUUUUAGCAUUCAUAAAAAUUUUCAUUUGUUAGGUAUGGCAGCGUGAAAAGUAGGGGGGAAAGAAAACCGUCUGCUAUUUAUUUUGUUAGCGAAAGAAUUUUUGAUUGUAGUAUUCUUACCUUCGCAUAAAAUUCUAUUUGUAGCAUAGAUGAAUACAUUAGAUUAGAAUAUGAAUGCAUUAGAUGUUGGAGAUCUUCCACCAGAAUUAACAUCAACACCUUCAUCUUAUAUUGCUAUUUGUGGUCUUGAUGUGGAAAAUAAUCCUAUUCACAGAACAAUAUGGGAAUCUUUUAACUCUAAUCGGCAAGAAAGAGUGCCACUUUUUCUCAAGCUGCUAGUUCCUGGACAUGAAUUUCCCAAAGCAAAACCUAAGAGAGCAUCCUAUGACCGUUAUGUACCUAAAGGUAUAUUGAAAACAAACUGGCUAAGUAAACAUUUAACGGAAGUUCCAGCUGUUGCAGUGCAGUUUGUUGAUUUAGAUUGGGACAGUCCAGUCUGGUCAGAAAAGCGUUUAGAAUGUGCAACUAAGUUAGAGAUUUUGAGAGGGAGUCUUCAAGGUAGAUCUACUAGAGUGGCUUUGGUUCUAAUUCAGAAACGAGCUGCCCUUCCUGGUGCGGAUGAUCAAAUAGCAGCUGAGAGAGCGGCUUCAUUAUGUAGUGCUUGUGAUUUGUCUGGAAAAACUCUUUUUGUUUUGCCACACUCAGAUCAUCUGUAUGGAUACACACUACGGUUACAAAAUGCCUUUUAUGAGCUGGCUCAAACAUACUAUCAUCAUGAAAGUAGAAGAAUUAAAAACCAUAAGGACCACUUAAAUAAGACAACUCAUCAGCUACUUUUCGUACGACACCAAUUUAAGAUAGCAUUCCUAACUGAAUUGAAACAAGACAUUGCAAUGUCAUUAAAGAAUUACAAGCAAGCAUAUGCCAAUUUGAUGGAAGUCCGAGCAUCAGAUACCAACAUGCUAGAAAUUAAAACUGUUGCUGGAUUUAUCAAUUACAAGAUGUGUCACUUAUCAUUUCUGAAUGGAGCUCCACUUGAUGCCAUUUCUCAAUUUAGAAAUCAUGUGGAUAUAUUUAAAAAUAAAGUUGGCCAUCCAGAAUUGGCCUUUGAACACAGUGCUUGGAUGUCAAAACAAUUUAGUCAUUUUGGAGAUUUAUUUGAGGAAGCUGUACAGCAAGGCUUGGCUGCAAUACAAACACAACAUCCAGGAUUUUAUUACCAACAAGCAGCAAAUCAUGCUUCAAAUCGCAAGUCACUAUGCUACAAACUGUGCAAGAACAUGGCUGAUCAACCUGACUUCUCAGUGUUAGAGGGAUCAGAAUCACUGGAAUUUUAUGGCCAAAGAGCAUGGAGAGCUUGUAGUCAAAGUCUUGAACCACCAGAUCCCCAGAAAGAAAUGAAAGGUAUUUUAGCUUUGAAAUACAAAGAACUUCACGAUGUGGAUCACUCAAUGCUGAUAAUACCUCUUUUGAGCAGUGCUAUUACACAAUUUAAAAAAUAUAAAUGUCCAAGGAUGAAGAGGCAGUUAACUGUUGAAAUGGGAGAAGAAUACUAUUCAUACAAAGAUUACAAGCAAGCUUUGACGCUUUUGAAGCAUGUUCUUUGGGACUAUAGGCUUGAAAAGUGGAGACCUCUAGUAUCCAGUAUACUUAUUACUGCAUUGAGAUCAGCAUAUUUAUCGGCCAAUGAACAUGAUUAUAUAUCUUUAGGAAUCGAGAUGAUCAGUAAUUGGAUUAUAUGCAGUAUUGAUGAAAAAAAUAUUGUUCAAAAUAAUAUCAGCAAUCUACUAUCAAAAAAACCUCUCCAGCCAAUGCCUGGAAUACCUGAACAAGACUGCAAAGAAGCUGAGAAGUUAUGGAUGGAGAAGUUAUCUAACCCAGUUGAACCAAUAUUCACGAUUCAAAUGGCAUCAGUUGUUCCUUUCAUUGAAUGUAAGGCUGGUUUUGGCUCAGAAACCUACAUGGCAGAUCAACGAAUAACUGUGACCAUCUACCUCAGAAUGAAUUGUCCUCAGCCUAUGUCAUUUUCUAAGUUGACUGUCCUCUUCAAUAAUGAGCAUUAUAAUAAAUUUUGUGAAGUUCCUUGUACUAAUGAAAACACUGCUCUUUCGGAUGACAAGAAGUUGCAUAAACUGUACUUGGUGCCUCGUAACACUUAUACCUAUACCUUCAAUUUCAUCCCUCAUUCUAAUGACAUAGGAAAAGUUAUCCAGAUAACAUCUGUUGCACUUCAAAUGGGUUCUCCAGAUUAUAUAUGCGCUGUGCUACACUGGACUACACCGCAUGAGAUAUAUCCUGCUGAAAUAUCAUAUCCUAUAACCCCUAAAGCUAGCUCAUUUAGUGAUGAUCCUACAUUUCAACAUAUUAUUCCUCUGUUCCAUGCUAGUGUCCUUCCCAGAAAUGCUCAUAUUACUAUUGAUGUUGAUCACACUCCACCUGUUCUAAUUAAUGAGUUUUAUGCUUUCAAUCUUUCCAUCACAAAUGAUGAAAUCUCCCAAAUAGAAAAUGUAGUCAUCAAUGUCGGCUUGAAGGAAGGACAAGAGCAGUUUGUCCAUGAAAACACUCAUAUCUCAGACAAAAUGGAAAAACCACAGCAAUUUAUGCAAUAUUUAAGUGAUUUACCUCUGGGAGAAAUAGCACCUGGAGAAAAGGUUCAGAAGUGCAUUUAUAUGAAAGCCUUGGACAUAUCUGUGCGAAGAUUAGUGUUUGACGUUACCUACAACAUUAAGAUUGAAAUUGAUGAUCAACUGCUAUGUUGCAGUUGCCGUAAAACUCAAGAUUUAGAAGUUUUCACAGUUGAGCCAUUUGAGUUUGUAGUUAGGAUAUUGAAUAGAAAAUUUGAAGAAAUGCAAUCAAUUCGCUCAGAAGAACCAUUUAUCCUUAAGGUUGAUGUGCAUUCCUAUUCUCCUUUACCACUUCAUAUUGAAGAUUCAAAAGUUGAAUUGCCCCAUCACCUAAGCUUUGCUGAUAAGAAUGUCAAGUCUAUGGUGAAAAAUUUGGAUUUAAAUAACAAUGAGGCAGGGACAGAUUGUUUCAUUUUGGUUGCAGCUCUUGAUACACCAACCAAAGUCAAUUUUGGAAUGUAUUCCGUGAAAUGGCAAAGGAAAUCGCCUAAUGGUACAUCACCCACUGUGGUAACUGAAAUCUUGCUUCCAUCAGUUGAUGUCACAAAACCACCAAUAUACUUAGAAAUGAAAAUGCCGGCAUCUGGCUUGGCACGCAAACCUUUGCCUGUUACAUAUUUUGUCCACAACCGUACAACUGCUGUCCAGGACAUGGAACUGUUACUUGAGAGUAGUGAUGCAUUUAUGUUUGCAGGAAACAAACAAAUGCACUUUCGAAUUCUUCCUCGGGAUGUUUACCAAUUAAACUACAUACUAUACCCUCUAUUACCUGGUUUUGUCCUUCUACCUCACUUGCGGCUAACGCUAAGCCCUGGAAGAGGAGGUAGUGAGAUGUCACUGGAUUCUUUAGUUAAAGAUAUGACACCCUCACAUAUAUUUAUAAUGCCUCAAGGUAUAGUAAGAAGUACUGAAGAUGCGUCUGAGAGACAAGACAGUGUGUUUUGUAAAUGAAACUUUAGUAAUUUAUUCCAAUGUGUGUUAAAAGAAAAGCAGUCAAAAAUUUUAAUGAAAAUAUGUAAAUUAUUUUACUAUUUUUUGUGCACUUUAAAACUUUCUUUGUACAUAUAUAAAAUUAUUUUGUAUGAAAUGUUUGUGUUUGACUCUCAAGUCGUUAAUAAAAGAAAAUUAUUAUUGCCUUUUAAA